AGAGAGGCAGUGGGAAAAGUCUUUGAACAAUAUUGAAAGUGUCAUAUCUCACACAUAUAAUUGUACAAUCCAUAAUAUAGCUUCCUCAAGUACUCCACACAAAAAUAACCUAUUCUUAUUCUCCUCUUCCUCAUCCAAUGCACCUUCUAUGUAAAUGUUAACUAUCCAAGAGUUUUUAUUGAAAUGUCAUGAAAAAUUAUUCAAUUCCUAUAUGGAAAUGGAAUUUCCAUCCCUUCAAAUUCAAUACCCAAAUUUCAAUUUCUUCCAAGAUCAAUCACCGUUACAAUGGAAUAAUGAACUUUUCUUAGAUCAUGACCAUUUGACUAAUUAUCCAUGGGAAAUUGACUCUGUCGAUGAAAAGGAAGAUCGUCAGGUACCAAGAAGUUCUUCAUCCUCAGACGUUACGAAUUCCUCGAAAAUACGCAAUCAUCAUGAAGAAGUUGACUCUUUCGACGAAAAGGAUGAUCGCCAGAUACCAAGAAGUUCUUCAUCCUCAGACGUUACGAAUUCCUCGAAAGGAAGCAAUCAUCAUGAAGAAGAGGUCACAUCACACAAUUCCACCCAAAAAAAAGACACAACAAAAGAAGAAAAGCACUAUAUAGGAGUUAGAAAAAGACCAUGGGGAAAAUAUGCAGCAGAAAUAAGGGACUCAACAAGAAAUGGAAUGAGAGUUUGGUUAGGUACUUUUAAUACAGCAGAAGAAGCUGCUUUAGCAUAUGAUCAAGCUGCACUUUCAAUGAGAGGUCCAUUGGCACUACUCAAUUUUCCUAUGGAUAAAGUAAGAGAAUCACUUGAAAAUAUUAAGUAUUUUUGUGAAGAUGGAUUGUCUCCAGCUGCUGUUUUAAAAGCAACAAAUAAAAUGAGAUGUGUGAAACAUAGGAGAAAUAGGAAGAAGAGAAAGAAGAAAACUGUUUUGGUUUUUCAAGACUUGGGAGCUGACUUGUUAGAUGAGCUUUUGAUGAGUUCAUC